GCCAACCUCGAUCUGGUCAGCCAGAUCCUAAUCUCUCCAUGAUCCUUGAUGCCUCCUACUCCUCCUAUUGUGUCGUCUUGUGCAAAAUCAGCGAUUCGCUAUAAGCUGCUGCUCCAUGUCACCUUCGUCCCUCACGUCCACCUGAAUCACUCUGGACCAGAUCGAGUAUUGUCCAAGACGCAGACAUCUUCUGCCAUAAUAACACCCAGGUUGUCCCUCUCCCACCAGCGCCUGUUCCACACCUGCCCACAUCUACAGCGCAAGUUCAAGCGCAGGCGCAAUCCACUGUCUCUCGACGAGGUCACAGCGGCGGAAAACAUGGCCAACUACUUGGCCGAAAAAGUCCAGACAGGACCUGUUCCUCUCCCUCCACCCCCACCACCACCAGACUAUAGUACUUACUCGACCAAAGACCUAAUAUCACGCAUCACAUCGCUUGAAUCUCAACUUCGCCGAAAGACUUCACAAUAUACGCAAGAACAAGAACCUCCUGAACGUCCCCCGAGACCGUUUGAUCCAGAUGCUUACUCUUCACGCCAUAUUGCUCUCAAGUUUGCCUACAUCGGCACCAACUACAAUGGCUACGAGCACGCCAACGGCACCAUCACUGCCAAACCAACCAUCGAAGAAGUCCUGUGGAAGGCCCUGCGCAAGACCCGGCUGAUCAGCCCCGAACUCGGCUCGAAAGAAGGAGCCAGCCGAGUUGACGAGAGUUAUGACGUGGUCUGGGGAAACGAGCGAAGAGGAAAACUCUACACCAAGGCAAAUAAGAUGCACCUCGAGUCAGAAAGAGAUAAAGUCAUCCUUGACCUCAACUGGGACGGCUGUCAGUAUUCCAAGUGUGGAAGAACCGACAAGGGUGUCAGUGCUUUUGGACAAGUCAUUGGCAUCAGAGUUAGGAGUAACCGACCGAAAGAAGUCGAUCCUCCAACGACAGGAACCAAAGCAAGUGCUCAAGACGCAGACCCAAAUGAUGCAGCCGACAGCGACAGCGACUUACCACUGAUCGACACCGAUUCCCUCACAUCCUCACCCUCUUUUGACAAACCCUUUGACCCUAUCGCCGACGAGCUCUGCUAUCCUCAACUCCUUAACUGGGUCCUUCCUCCGGACAUUCGUAUUCUCGCAUGGUGUCCCGACCCUCCUCCGAAUUUCGAUGCUCGAUUCUCCUGCCGCGAGCGCCGCUACAAAUAUUUCUUCACCAACCCCGGGUUUUGCCCCACGCCAGGCACUAAUGGAUUGAGACAUCCCGUCACGGGAGAGCCUGGCGUUGUCAGAGAGGGCUGGCUCGACCUUGAUCGCAUGCGCGAGGCUGCUAAGAAGCUCGAGGGUGUACACGACUUUCGCAACUUUUGCAAGAUUGAUCCAGCCAAACAGAUGCCCAGUUGUGUCCGGAGGAUCUACCAUGCCGACAUUGAAGAAUUUCCCUCUCCGGGGUCUCAGUUCACCGAAGCUCCUGAUUUAAAUUCACACGGACAGACAGUCCAGACCGGCUCCGGGAUGGUCAACUCUCUCAUGGACACUGUGGGAGCUCACCCUAAAUCAACCAGUCACGUGGGCCCCAAAGUCUACACCUUCACCGUUCACGGAACAGCAUUCUUAUGGCACCAAGUCCGCUGUAUGGUAGCAGUACUGUUCCUCGUCGGCCAAGGCCUCGAGGACCCCUCCAUCGUGGACCAACUAUUCGACAUCGAAAAGACACCUGGUCGACCAGCCUACGAAAUGGCCGAAGACGCUCCAUUAGUACUAUGGGACUGCGUAUUCCCCGACCAAGACGACGGAGCAGACGCCCUGAAUUGGGUCUACAACGGCGACGAAAACACAUUAAAGACCGGCACGACCAAAGGUGAUGGCAAAUUCGGCGUUGGCGGCACAGUCGAAGAAACGUGGAAAUUGUGGAGAGGAGCGAAGAUGCGAGAGGUCUUGACUGGAGCAUUAAUGGACCUGACGCUCAGUCAAGGCGAUGGAUCAGCGUUGAAAAGAGGAGGUGACCGUACUGGAGGAGCGGUUGAGUUUAAACCUAAAGUUGGGGGACGAACAGGUGCGAAAUUCCGAUCGGCGAGGACGUUUGAUGGCGGUGAUAUAGGAAGGGUUAAAGGGAAGUAUGUUCCUGUCAUGAAGCAGAGGCCGAUUGAUAGUCUGGAGUCGUUGAAUCAUAAAUUUCGAUUGAAGAAGGGGUGGACGACUGGGGUGGGUCAUGGUGAUGACGAUGAAGGUGGUGUUGGUGUUGGUGACAUGGAGGGUGAUCAAGUCGAUGACGAGAGAUUGGAUGAUGUGAGUAAGUGA